AAACCCCGGAACCAACUAGGACAGUGGGCAGAGAGUUGGGGACCGCACGCAAGCGAGCCCAGGCUGCCGAGAGAGGGAGCAGGAGCGCUGGCGAGGGCGCAGGCCGGGGCGCGCGGGACUCCAGCGCAGUCCACCCUUUUGCCCGUCUUCCCCCAUCCUAGGCUUUGAUCACCGCUCCUUUCCGGCAGGACCCGCAGAGCGGGUGCCUGACACCUUCCCCGCCUGCUCUCUAAAAGGGGAGCUCAAAAAGUUUUGCCCCACCCUCUUCUGCGCGGAGGGCCGGACCGGGACCGAGGGGGCGGGGCCGGCUUUGCCAGGGCUUCCGCAGGCCUGCCAGCUUGGGGCCCCAGUCCCGCUGGAGUGCUGUUGACAGCACACUCUGGGUGACACGCAGAGCUGCCACCAUGGUUCAGCAGGUGCUCUACCGGGCUCUGGUCUCCACCAAGUGGCUGGCGGAGUCCAUCCGGAGUGGCAAGCUGGGGCCCGGCCUGCGGGUGCUGGACGCAUCCUGGUACUCACCGGGCACCCGGGAGGCCCGCAAGGAGUACCAAGAGCGCCACGUGCCCGGCGCCUCCUUCUUUGAUAUAGAAGAAUGCCGGGACACGGCGUCGCCCUACGAGAUGAUGCUGCCCAGCGAGGCGCACUUCGGGGACUACGUGGGCCGCCUGGGCAUCGGCAACGACACCCACGUGGUGGUGUACGACGGUGACCACCUGGGCUGCUUCUAUGCUCCCCGAAUCUGGUGGAUGUUCCGCGUGUUUGGCCACCGCACGGUGUCAGUGCUCAAUGGUGGCUUCCGGAACUGGCUGAAGGAGGGACACCCCGUGACAUCUGAACCUUCACACCCAGAGCCUGCUGUUUUCAAAGCUACACUGGACCGCUCCUUGCUCAAAACCUAUGAGCAGGUCCUGGAGAAUCUUGAAUCUAAAAGGUUCCAGCUGGUGGAUUCACGGGCCCAAGGGCGGUACCUGGGCACAGAGCCAGAGCCAGAUGCAGUAGGACUGGGCUCGGGCCACAUCCGUGGCUCAAUGAACAUGCCCUUCAUGGACUUUCUGACCAAGGAUGGCUUCGAGAAGAGCCCAGAGGAGCUGCGCACCAUGUUCCAGGCCAAGAAGGUGGACCUCACACAGCCCCUCAUCGCCACUUGCCGCAAGGGUGUCACCGCCUGCCACAUCGCCCUGGCUGCCUACCUCUGUGGCAAGCCGGAUGUGGCCGUCUACGACGGCUCCUGGUCGGAGUGGUUCCGCCGGGCACCCCCGGAGACCCGUGUGCCGCAGGGGAAGGGCGGCAAGGCCUGAGUGGGUCUGUCCUCUGCACUGUGGCUGGCCCCAGGUUAGUGACCCCAGCUUGACCUGCAGCUGGUUCUUAGGCAAAGGAGGUUGACACAGUUUUUAGAAUUUCUGUGCAGAGCUUGCUGUUCCUCAGAACACUGGAAUAAACUUCUUUUCUGAAC